ACUCCGGCCUCCGGUGAGCUCCGGCGGGAUCCUGCCGCCUUCCUCCCCAGAUCGCCGCCGCCUUCCCAGCUCCCCUGCCUACCUUGCCUCUGCCCGGAGGUGAGCCUCGGCGAGACCCCCACCUCCGCCUUCCCGUAUCGGCGCUGGCGAGGUCCGGCGGCACCGGCUCCCCGUGCAUCCAUCUCCUCACCUCGGUCUGGCGACCGUCGCUGCGCCGUACACCGUUCGUAAUCUGCGCCUCCCGCUGGGGUGAGGGCGCCUCUUCGCGGUUCGCGCAUCGCCUCCCUCCUCUUCCGCUCCAUCGCUCCCCGUGCUCUCCCCUGGGCGCCUCCCACCCGGCUCUGUCUCCAUUGUAUGCGCUCCCGCCGCUGCCGUGCACACCGCUGUGGCGUAACCUCGAGCACAUCACCUCGUGAUCUGUAGCCUUUGCGCACUUUUGAGGUUGCGCCGGGACGGGGACGGGCGGACGGCCGAGGUGCGAGGCUUUGCCUGGCUGCGCACGCGAGGUGCUCGACGGUUUGCCCGCCUGCCCUCCAGGCCAGAGGAUGCGCCGGUGCUGCCUGAUUCUUGUUCCUUCGUCCAAGAAGUUCGUGUCUCACAGCAGCAGGCGCACCACAGCGUGCUUCUCUACCAUUGGGUUCGAUCUACCUGAUUGGUUCAGGAACCCCGAUGGCGAUGCAUCAUGUGCCGGUUUGGAUGACCAGGAGGACAUUUUUGUGCUCCCGACUGAACUCAACCCCUCGGAUGAGCAGAGCCAGAACAGGAAUUCCAGGCCGCUGUCGAUCCGCAAUGCCUUCCCUGCCUCCCAUGAGGACGCAGAGUUCGAGGCCGAUGUUGAUGAGGUCAGCAGGAUCCUCAGUGCUCGCUUCGCGUCUCCUGAGGCCAUCGUGAUAGCCAUGGACUGCUACUCGGUCAGGGUUACGGGCCACCUUGUUGACAAGAUCCUCACGAGGUUCAGCAACGAUUGGGUGGCGGCAUUCGGGUUCUUCAUGUGGGCCGGCACUCAGGGAGGGUACUGCCAUUGUGCCGACUCAUAUGACUUGAUGGUUGACAUACUGGGUAAAUCCAAGCAGUUUGAUCUGAUGUGGGGUCUGAUCAAUCAGAUGGUUGAGGUUGGGGGCUUGGUGUCGCUCAUGACGAUGACAAAGGUGAUGAGAAGGCUUGCUGGAGCAAGCCGAUGGACUGAUGCCAUUGAUGCCUUCCAUAGGAUGGAUCGAUUUGGAGUCGUGAAGGACACAAAGGCCAUGAAUGUGCUCCUGGAUACAUUGUGCAAGGAGAGGAGCGUGAAGCGUGCAAGAGGCGCCUUCCAAGAGUUGAGAGGGACAAUACCUCCUGAUGAGAGUAGCUUCAAUACUCUGGUGCAUGGUUGGUGCAAGGCGCGGAUGCUGAAGGAAGCUCUAGAAACAAUGGAGGAGAUGAACCAGCAUGGGUUCAGCCCUUCUGUGGUGACUUACACGAGCCUGCUAGAAGCAUACUGCAUGGAGAAAGAUUUUCAGACAGUUUAUUCUCUCUUGGAUGAGAUGCACAAAAGGCGGUGUCCCCCAAAUGUUAUUACAUAUACAAUUGUGAUGCACGCUCUAGGGAAGGCUGGGAGAACACGAGAAGCACUGGAUAUGUUUGACAAGUUGAAGGAGGAUGGUGUUGCUCCAGAUGCUUCCUUCUACAAUUCCCUGAUAUAUAUACUUGGCAGAGCUGGGAGGUUGGAAGAUGCAUACUCUGUGGUUGAGGAAAUGCACAAAACUGGAAUCCCCUCUAACGUUACAACCUUCAACACCUUGAUUUCUGCUGCUUGUGACCACUCUCAGGCAGAGAAUGCCCUGAAGCUUCUGGUUAAGAUGGAGGAGCAGUCAUGCAAGCCAGACAUAAAAACAUACACGCCAUUGCUGAAGCUGUGCUGUAAAAAACAAUGGGUAAAAACACUUCUGUUCCUAGUGUGUCAUAUGUUCAGAAAGGACAUUAGCCCUGAUUUCAGCACUUACACGCUGUUGGUGAGCUGGCUAUGCAGAAAUGGGAAGGUUGCCCAGUCUUGCUUGUUUUUGGAGGAAAUGAUAUCAAAGGGUUUUACUCCAAAACUGGAGACAUUUGAUCUUGUGAUGAAGAAGCUUGAGAAAAGGAAUCUGCAGAUUAUGUACAAAAAGAUUCACAUGCUCAGGACACAUAUAACAAAUCUGAGGCACACUAAUUCCUUUCAAUGAGGGAGGACGAUGAUGGUGGACAGCAUAGCAUUGUGCUGCGCUGUACCUUUGGAUGUUCAAUACAAAUAUGUUACUGAUAUGUACUGCUCAAUACAAAAUGCCAACGAUUAAUUA